AUCUCCAAUUCUCCAUCUCUCGUGCGGCUGUGGCGUUGAGCUGAGAAGCUGAGCACCCAAAAAGCAGCGCGCGCGCGCCGGCCCUAGCCACGACGCACCGCGCGCGCCGGCCGCCGGCGAGGCCCACGACCGCCGCCGCACGCCUUUGGCCAGAUCGCGCAGGCGAGAUCCUCCUAUGGCCGCCUCCGUAGCGCCAGCGUCGUCGUCCGGCUGGGACUUCACCUGUGACUUUGAAAUUGAUUAUGGAUCCGAGGAACGCGCAUCCAUAGUUUACAAAACGCUAGCUGUUGAUAAGGAGUUGCAACCUGACAAGGUAAAGAGGGAGAUGUCUGUUUCUGGUGGCAAGCUCGUCGUGCACUUUGAAGCUGUAGAGGCUCGGUUCCUGCGAGCAUCGUUCAGCGCGUUCGUCGAUCUUACAGUACUGGUUACCAAGCUUGUUGAAGAAUAUGGCAUCAGCAAGGAAGGAGAAGGCAGUAUCUAGCUAGUUUUACUCCCCUGUAUCUUAGAAAAAUGUUUUACAACACCUUUGAGCAUUCAUACCUUCUUUUAUAUCAUAUUAUGUGUGUUCUUCGUUUCUUAGGCCAGAAAUCUACAAGAUAGAAGCAGCUGUUGUAAUUCCAGAUUUCUUGAAUCUUGGUAUGGGAUUUGCCUCUCAAGAGUAACUCUGAACAUACUUGGUUGGGAUAGUAGUCAGUUCUUGUCGCCUUAAAUGAAAAAUCAUGCAUGUAUA